ACGGAGAGGCAUUUCGUCAUGUGAAGAGACAGACUUACUGCAAUGGUAUUUCAAUAGCUCUCCAGUUCCACACGAGAGCCACUGACCCAAUAGGAAAGGGUGGUGCCGUGCACUGACACAGUCAAUGCGCGUUCACGCGUUUAUCUGGAGUCGACUCAGCGGACAAGAACCGAGCGGAGCAGGUGUGCGCUUCUAGUCUGGAUUCAGGUCUCCUCUCUGUCAUCUCUGACUUUGAUGGAUUUACUGUACAUGCGGAGCGUUAGUUCGUGACUGCGGGCUCUUGGUUCUGGUGGAUAACUCCAUAUGCGAGUUUAUUGCUCAGGGUGAAAGUGUCCUUCUUCAGAACACAGUUCGGGGGAGAUCUUCAGCAUGAAUACAGAUGCCUGGCGUUCACAUAGUGUGUCCGAGGAUUUGAGGAAUGGAGACUCCAGUAGCUCGUCCUUGACUGCUAAAGGCUUUCGUAGUGUCAGACCCAACCUACAGGACAAGAAAUCUCCCAUACCGGUCCCACUGCCGCCCCCCCGGAGAGAGAGCUGUCACGUGAUUCCUAACCCCCCCUCUUACAUCUCCCUCCAAAUGACAGACUCCUCCCUCUCUCUCUCACAGAGUGAUGAUGUUGUUACCACAGACUCUUAUGCCAUAAAAUCUAGUGCCACCUACUCAUACUGUUCCUCCAAGACCAACCAAACCUCCGCUCUCACAUCUGGAGACGCCUUCGAGGAGCCCCCCCUCUCCCAACAGGCUAAUGCUAAUAGUUUUAUCACUCGGAUUCUGGAGAGCAAAUUGUCCACAUCAAAAUUCACCACUGACCACCUGAAUGCAGACUCACAGGCUAAUGCUAACAAGAUAACUAUAAAUAAAACUGACCCAAAGUCUAAAACUAAGCCAUUCAUAAAAAUUGCAUCCACUAGUUCACUUCCCAUUCCUCCACAGCAAGACUCCACUGGCACUUCAGAAACACACAUAGCCUCUCUUUCCAUCCAGUUAGCUCCCCACACUCCAGAACCCCAACCGGUGACCCAGUCAAAGCGUGAGACUGAAUCCAGGACAAAUGCACUGGACCCAGCUGACUCCAUUCCACCCCCUCUUGUACCACCAAGACUAGCGGGCAUUUUGGUGGGUCAGAUGGCAGUGAACGGAAGCUCUCGCUCUCAAAGACCCUUCUCUCCUCCUGCAUACCCCCCUUCUCCCCCAACACUCAGCCCAGGCCUGGUAAAGGUCCGGCAGGGUUGGAGUUCAGGGGGUUCAGAGAAAGUCAAGAGAGAUACUGUGGUCUCUGGUCAGACAGUGGUCAGUAGCUCUGUGCCCAUUGUUCAUUUCUCAGAGGAAGAGAAGAAGGUGUCCAUCAUAAAAGCACCUCAUUACGAAGGCAUUGGACCAGUGGAUGAGUCAGGCAUUCCCAUCGCCAUUCGCACGACUGUGGACAGACCCAAGGACUGGUACAAGACCAUGUUCAAACAGAUCCACAUGGUUCAUAAACCAGAUGAUGAUUAUGCAGACAUUUGUAAUGCCACCUAUGCCAUCAUAAACUAUGACAACUACAACCCUGUCCAUGCCCACCCACCACCUCGAACGCACACCUACCGGCCUCUCUCUCGAAAUACCUCAGAAACAGCAGAUGGUGCCACCCUCAGUGAGCUCACGCCAUCACCCGUGCCCCCACCACCCCCUCCAAUGCCCUCACUCCUCCAGCUUCGCUCUCAAGACAUGGACAGAGAGAAGGAGCUCUCGCAUGACCCAAAUGAGUGGGGUCCUCUAGAUCGUAAAGUGGACACGCGUAAAUACCGGGCAGAACCACGGAGCAUCUUUGAGUAUGAGCCAGGCAAAUCCUCCAUUCUUGAGCAGGAAAGGCCCUCCUCCCUCUAUCUCUUGCCUUCAGAACGGCCUGACGGACCCUCAAGUCCUGCUAGUGACUAUAGGAAAAGGCGAAAGUCAGAGCCAUAUUUCACUCAAGCCAACACAGAAAGUGAACAGAAUGCCUGCCCACUGGACUCCCAUAAAGUACAGACAUUGAAGAAGCCCACUAUACGUUCCUCCCCCUCCUCACCAUCCAGAGCCAAAGCUGGAGACGCUAGUGAGUCCCUCUCCUCUUGUGUGAGCUCUCCAGGUAUGGAGCGCCCAUCCUUUCGUCUCUCCUCUGACUCCCUCUCUCUCUCUACGCCAACCUGGCGAAGCUCCAAACGCUCCAUCUGCUUUAAGAAUGGUUGGCAGACACGUCAACCAGAAGCUGGAGAGUCUUGGAGCAGCGCUGAUGACGAAUCUGUCAUGGCCCAUUCAUCACCACGGCUCAAAUCACAGAGCUGUGAUGAUCUUUUGUCUGAUGGACUUGGUGCUAGUAAUGACAGGAGAGCAUCCACUUCUGUGACUACCACUCGCUCGGAAAGUGCGGGUUCUUUGCUCGAUGAAGGUGCUACAAAGCAGCCUCAAGUAAAAAGUCUUACCUCAUCCCCCAGGGGGCAUCGACAUCAUAGACGCAAGAUGGCACAUGAUGCUCCAGGUUUUCUACAGCUUUACAAGAAGAUGCACCACAUUGACCGAGAACAGCUGUUGCCCUCAGAUGUGAUUCGUUCAGUACGUGCGCGAAUCCUUGAACUUGAACGGCAACAGCAGCAGCAGAGGCACAGCCUCCAUGGUUGGGCGCCUUUCAGUCACGAGGUACCAGAACAAAUGGUUCCCAACCGCAUAUCUGCAUAUGAGCAGCUCAUCCAGAAAUCAAAGUCCAUGCCAGACCUUGGAGAUGAAAAUGCCCCCUCAGGCACCACUACUCCAGGGUCAUCAAGAGCCAGCAGCUGUCCCAAGCGCCGCUUUUCUGUUGAAUCACUUUUGGAAGAGGAGGAUAUUCCAGAAAGGGCAAGGAGUCCUCCUGAGGGACAGCCAAGACCGGGAAAAGACAGCAAUAGCCUGGUGCCAAUCCUUGUGAAGAACCAACAGCAGCAUCAAGAUUACUCAGACAGUGAGCAGGAUGCCUGUACCUCAGAAAUGAGUGACAUCCACAUAGAGGGAUCGUCAUUGUACAGUGAGAGUGACCUGGAUCAUUGCUCUCUCACUUCAUCAGAAAGCUUCUACGGUUCUGGACAACAUCACCAUUAUCACCAUGGACACCGUUACCACCGUCACCACCACCUGCAUCAGAGUGUAGGUCAGAGUCAAGGUUACCAACACCGCCACCUCAUCAGCUCUUGUAAGGGUCGCUGUCCAGCCUCCUAUACACGAUUCACCACCAUGCUAAAACAUGAGCGCCAACAGGAAAGGGCUCGGCAAGACUACCGCCCUGUCAUUACACCUCCACUAGCCCAACAGUCACCCAGUGAGACAGGCCUUUCCAAACUGGCCUUCCUGGUCAGCCCUGUGCCUUUCCGCCGGAAACGAGGCUCCCCGCCCACCCAACGACGACACUGCAGAGGCGGACGGCCCAAAUCCAAAACCGCAAUUUAUGAGGCUUUAGACGCCGCUUUGCAGGACAUUUAUGAUCACAUAAGGGCGGAAAAGGGGCAAGGACCUGCAAGGUUGUCAGAUGAUAGCAUAUUGCGGCGGAUACUGGAGGAGUUGCUACCAGACGUGCCCAAACGCAGCUCCUCAUUGAGGGCUCAGACAGGGUCCGGCUUCCCCUCCUCCUCUCACCACAUCCACCAGCCUUACCAUGGAGCCCACCAAUGUGCCUCCUACCAGCAGCAACACCAUCAUGCAGAUGCCACCAACAACAACCAGCACUCUAAUGCUAAUGUGCACUGCUACUCAGAUCAGGGUUCCGAUACAGGUCGUCUCACACCACAGAGCAGAAUACCCACACCAGAAAGAGAGGUCUCCUCUAAGCAGAUGACCUAUCUUAUAUUGUCUUCUCUCCUCCAUCAGAAACAGUCUGCCAGGGCUAUUUAUGAUUUUAAAGCUCAGUCUGCCAAGGAACUUUCUUUUAAGAAAGGUGAUGCAGUGAACAUCAUCAGACAGAUCGACAGCAAUUGGUAUGAGGGGGAACACAGAGGACGGAUUGGAAUUUUCCCCAUCUCAUAUGUGGAGAAGGUGGCAUCUCCAGAGCGGAAGCAGCCAGUCAGGCCUCCUCCCCCAGCUCAGGUUCGAGAGAUGGGAGAGGCCAUAGCUCGAUACAACUUCAAUGCUGACACUAAUGUGGAGCUUUCUCUAAGAAAGGGGGAGCAAGUAAUCCUGUUAAGGAAGGUGGAUCAGAAUUGGUAUGAAGGAAAGAUUCCUGGCUCAAACAAGCAGGGCAUUUUCCCUGUGUCCUAUGUCGAUUUGAUCAAGGGCUCUCCAUCCAAGAGCCCCAGUCACCAAGGAGACACGCACACAUACAGUGCACAGAAGCAAGAUACAGACUCCUCCUACCAUGUUAUGUGGCAUGAUUCUGCCACUAGGACCCACCUCCAAGCAGUAACCUGCGAAUGGCUGUCACUCACACUGGGUCUCUCCACAUCUUACCCAUCUGCCUGUGAAAGUCCCGUCCCACCCACCCCUCCUCACUUACCCAGCAGCCUAUACUGCACAAGCCCCCCACCCCCUGUUCCACCUGUGCAAAGGUUUACACCACCACCACAAAACCCUUCCUCAAAAUGCUCUACUGUAACCAGCCAAGGACCAAUCACUUCAGAGUACACAGUUUCACUAUAUUCCCAUGAAUUACUCUAGAGAGAUAGACUGACAGCUGCUUAUAUAACAGAAGCUUUCAGUUUUCCUGAGAAACUGAUCUCAGACCAGAAUCUGGACCUGUUUAGAAAAGAAAGAGAGGGAUGUGACAGUAAAAGGCUGUUAGAAGAUCUGUGUGUAAAGGAGCAAAGCUUGAAGCAAAACUAUGACCCAUCCAGACUUAUAAGUGAGCUUGAUCCAUAUCACCAGCUCAUGUCUAUAUUUAUGAAUGAUCAAAUGCACAAUGAACUUGAAGUAACGUUGGUCAGCCAAUCAAAAAAUAAAGCUAAUCAAGAAUUA